AUGGAUAAGAGUGACGUUCAGGUUCACAAAGCUUUCCAAAAACAACCCACUGUCAGCGUCAAGAAGCUCCAAAAACUUGGCAAAAGGGCCAGGUAUUGGAAGGACGUUGGUAUGGGCUUCGUUACUCCGAAGGAGGCCAAGGAGGGCCACUAUGUUGACAAGAAAUGCCCUUUCACUGGCAAUGUUUCCAUAAGGGGUAGGGUUCUCAAGGGCAUGGUUUUGUCGCAUAAAAUGAAGAACACGCUCGUCAUGAGGGUCAGCUACCUCCACUACGUCCCCAAGUACAACAGGUUUGAGAAGAGGCACAAGAACAUUCCUGCUCACGUUUCUCCCUGCUUCACCGUCUCCGCCGGUGACAUCGUAACUGUUGGUCAGUGCAGGCCUCUCUCCAAGACCGUCAGAUUUAACGUUCUUAAGGUUGAGAAGAAUGAGAUUUUCGGAAACCCUCGCAAGCAAUUUAGACUUUUCUAA